UUUCUUCCUUCCUCCACACUACCCUCGUUUUUUACUCCACUCCCAGCCAUGGCCCACCCCCCCGUUCUUCUCCAUUUUCACCACUUCAAGGGAACAAUCAAAAGAAAAGCAAUUAUAAAAAACCAUAACCUCAUUUCUCUUCUUUGAUUAAGUUCAGUUCAUACAAAAGGAGAGGAAACGUCGAGUAAGGAAUACCAAUAGACUGGGACAAGAUAUUCAACAACGACGACCCUCCGGCGGAGCUGGUAGUUAACUCCGCCCUACCACGGCUUCCGGAAGAAAAACAUCAAACGAUCACCAUGGACGGAGAAGAGCUCAAGGAAGGACUUUUGAACUUAUCAAAUGCAGAAUUGACAGACAAAAUUGCUAGGUUAAAAAAGUCUCUGUCUGGCAGCAUUGGUGCUAGGUUACCCGAUGGAGGUGAAAAGCUUAGGGCAAAUAUCAAACUGCACGAGGAUGAAUUAGAAUGGAGGAAACGGCUCGGUUCCGAUCAGGCAGAGUCUAAGCUAGCCAAUGCUUUCCAAGAAGAAUUAUAUGCUCUGAAUCCCUGUGACCGCAAAAGGACAUUAAACAACCAGUUUUCACAAAGAAAAAGACAGAAGCAAGAGUUGUUGUCACAGGAGGUACCUUGUAAGUCUUCUGUAGACAAAGAUGAACAAGUUUUAAAUGUUGAUCUAAAAGGAAGGGAUUCUUCUACUCGUUAUAAAGAAAACAUCGCCAGCUGUUUCUCGGAGAAGUGUAAAGCCUCUCAAGCCCAAUCUUCGUUUACUCGAAGGCAUGCAAAUGGGGAAGCUGUUGUUCUAGUGGAUGAGGGGGAUCCUGAUGCAAUUAAAGUGACAGAGCGAGUGGACCAAGUGGUUGAACGUAAGGCAACCAAGAUAUACUAUCCUUCGCGGGCUGAUCCCGAAUCCGUUGAAAUUUGUUGUUCGGACAUGGAAUCUCUUGCACCUGAAGCAUAUUUGUCAUCGACUAUAAUGAAUUGCUAUAUCCGGUACCUCCAGAAGACAAAACCUCAUGCAGAUGUAGAUGAGUAUCACUUUUUCAAUACAUAUUUUUACCAGAAGCUCAAAGAUGCUGUACUGAGCAAGGUAAUAUCUUCCCUGCGAGAGAAUUUUUUCAUGCAAGCUCAACAAAUAUAUUUUGGCACUCAGAAUGAAAAGGAAGCUUCAUUUGUCAGACUAAGAAGGUGGUGGAAAGGGGUGAAUAUAUUUGAGAAAGCAUAUAUAUUUCUUCCCAUACAUGAAGAUCUUCAUUGGAGCUUGAUUAUAAUUUGCAUACCAGAUAAAGAAGACCAACUGGGACCAAUUUUACUUCACUUGGAUUCAUUAGGGCUUCACUGCAGCAAGUCCCUUUUUGCUACCAUAAGAAAAUUUUUGGUACAAGAAUGGAAAUUCUUAAGACAAGGAGAAGGGCCAGCUCUUCCUAUUUCAGACAAAAUAUGGGAAAAUCUGCCACGAAGAAUUGAUGAAAACAUCAUUCAGGUCCCACAACAAAGAAAUGAGUAUGACUGCGGUCUCUUUGUUCUUUUCUUUAUGGAGCGUUUCAUUGAUGAAGUUCAUAGAAGGCUUAAAAAGAAGGAUUUCACGAUGUUUGGACGAAGGUGGUUCAAACCUGAAGAAGCCUCUUGUUUGAGGAUUAAAAUCCGCAGAAUACUCGAGGAAGAAUUCAAGAAUGCGAGUGAGGAAUGAUUGAUACUUUUGGGAUCGGUACUGUGUACAAGUAACUGCUCCUGCUUAAAGAAAUCCAUUAACAGGUUUAUGGCAUGGACAAGGAACUGCUAUUAACCAACGCCCAUGGCAUGCCUGCCUUGCAUAGCUGGAAAGUUGGAUACUGUCAUCAGUCACACAUCAACCACAAACGGGCAGAAGAUUUAGAAGAACUGAUAUUGGCCAUCCAAUAGGAAGGAGAAAUACACGACUUCCCUGGGCAAUAUAUACAUUGUACAAAACUCAUAAUUGAACAAUCACCAAGGGGAAAAAAGCAAAAGAUUUAGGUGAAUCUUUAUUGACCAUCAUCUGCUGAAACGUGUAGCUCCUAAAACCAGAAGCUGCAGCCAUGUACAUUUCACAGAUGGAAGGUCUCUGUGGAUCACCAAUUCCCCCCUCCCCCUCUUUAUUUGUGGAAGCUCUCCUUCAUUCUUCUCAUGAAAACUAAAAACUAUAUAUAUGCUUAUUUAUCCAACACUAAAAACUAAAUAAGAAAUUCACUUGUUUUAUAAAAAAUAAUCUAGGAA